AGAAGAUCGUGCCGGGCCAGACGCGACUCGCAAUGGACGCCUUUGCCAAAGCUCCUACGAGACAUUCGUUUCCUUUCCGGGAGCGCCAAUUUGCCCUGUGAAUGGCUUGACCUGUCCAGCUUCUUGCCCUGCUCUUUGCCCACGACAGCACCACGUCUCUCUUUUUCCCGAUAUCAUGGAGCUCACAGCGUUCCCCAACCUUCGUUCCACAACUUCUCGGCAUGCGGCGACGCGCGCCGCAGCGGGUGAGACCCUCGCCGAGCUGCCCCAGAUCCCGGACGAGAUCCUCGUCAUCUCCUGGGCCAGGCUGCUUAAAGCCUACACGGGCAGCGAUGACCUGGGGUUUUUCGUCGACGGUGGCGCGGUUGCUGUCAGCAGUGCUGGCUGGCAUGUGUCCAAGUAUGCGGUGCCCGAGCUGGGCCAGGCAGCCCUUGAGACACUCACCGGGGUCUUCUUCGAUGCGGCACCGGCGCCGGAGUCGCUGGCGUUGAAACUUUACUACAAUCGUGAAGCGGGGAAGGCGCGUAUCGUGCACUCCGCUUAUCUCCCGGGCGAACACGCCCAGCCGCUAGCUGCUCAGCUCCAACGCUGCGUCAACGAGACCUUGGACACCCCGGGUCCGCAGAUGGACCCCCGACUAUCCAUCCUAAACCCACAGCCGGAGCGGUUGAACGGGCCGUCUCUCUUGCACCACCUUGUGCAGUGGACCAAGUCUCCCCGGAAAGUUGCCAUAGACUAUCUCGGACAAGAUACGAACCGCAGGAAGCUGCGAUAUGCUUCUUUCGAUCGCAUCACGACAGCUUGGGCCAGCAAGAUCAGGACCUACUUCUCGUCGGAAAAUCCGCACCCAGUCGUGCCUGUUCUGAUCCCCCAAUGUCCGGAACUUUACAUCGCCCAACUUGCCAUUCUGAAGGCCGGUGGAGCCUUUUGUCCUCUGAAUCUGGACGCGCCGCCAGAGCGCGUGAAAUUCAUCCUUGACGAUGUGUCCGCCAACCUCCUCAUCACCACCUCCUCGCUUCAUAAUAAGAUACCCCCUCAUGAGAACGUCCAUGUUUUGAUUUUAGACGAAGGCUCCCAACCGCCUGAGCUGGAAGGUAGACAGGACUUCGUCGACCCUUGCCCGGAGGAUCUGGCGUACGUCAUGUACACCUCCGGCUCUACGGGAACGCCCAAAGGUGUGGGUGUGUCGCAUCUUGCUGCUACUCAAAGUUUACUGGCUCAUGAUUGCCAUAUUCCCUCGUUUUCACGCUUUCUUCAAUUUGCUGCUCCGACCUUUGAUGUGUCGGUUUUCGAAAUAUUUUUCCCCUUGUUCCGGGGUUGUACCCUAGUCACUUGCGAUCGAACAGAUUUACUGAGCGAUCUCCCCGCAAUGAUGAACAAGAUGCAUGUUGAUGCAGCGGAACUAACGCCCACGGUAGCGGGAACGCUACUGCAAACACGGGCAGCUGUUCCAAAAUUGAAACUGCUCCUGACGAUCGGCGAAAUGUUGAGCAGACAAGUUGUGCAUGAGUUUGGCGGGGACGAUAAGCGGGAGAGCAUAUUGUGGGGCAUGUAUGGCCCCACGGAAGCCGCCAUUCACUGUACCUUGCAGCCAAGCUUCGGGUCAGAUUCGAAAGUGGGCAAUAUUGGCAUUCCGUUCGACACUGUUUCGGCCUUUGUUGUCGCUCCCCCGCCCGAAGAUCCUUCAGUGACUACUCCUUUGGAGGUUUUGCCUCUGGGAUUCAUCGGCGAACUAGCUGUUGGCGGACAUCAACUAGCAAAUGGUUAUCUGAAUCGACCCGAGCAGACUGGAUCAUCAUUCGUAAACCAUGCCGAAUUCGGUCGCCUAUACCGGACUGGAGAUAAAGCCAGGAUGCUUCCAGAUGGGACUAUUGAAUGCUUAGGACGUAUAUCUUCUGGGCAAGUUAAGCUUCGUGGUCAGCGUGUCGAACUUGGCGAGGUAGAACAGGCUAUCUCGAGGAUACCCAGCUGUCGCAGUGUAACAGCUAGUGUUAUAGGUGGGAUCCUUGUAGUCUUCUGUCUCACUCGGGACGAUACGUUAACCCCAAAGUCAAUCAUCAACGACUCCAAGCAAUGGCUCCCUGCAUUCAUGGUACCGGGCGAUGUCGUCCUCUUGCAGGAACUUCCCAGGUUGCCGUCUGGCAAGGUCGACAGAAAAGGCCUUGAAGCAGGCUAUAAGACAAAGCAGCAGGAGUCCAAACCUCUGGAAGAACAACAAUACGGCGAUGAUACCGAUCGCAUUAUCUGCGAGAUUGUCGGCGAGGCCCUUGGCUCGAGGGUAUACCUGCAAACUAACCUUGCUGCCAUGGGCUUGGAUUCUUUGAAGGCGAUCAGGGUAGCGUCUAUGCUAAGAGCUUCGGGGUAUUCGCUUGGUGCUGUUGAAAUCUUGACUUCCAAUGACGUCGCUACCUUGAAACUGUUGAUCGAAGGCCAACAAAACGACAAGAAUUCUCUCAAUUCUCACGAAGGCAUUUUUGACGAAAUAAAAAAGGCAGCUCUCGUUGUUCCAGAAGUCCACGUUCAAGAAUCUGAAAUCGAAGACAUUUUGGGCUGUACUCCUUUGCAGGCAGCAAUGCUGGUUGAAACUACCAUGAACCCACAGGCUUAUUGCAACUGGGUCGAAUUGGAAGUCAAGAAGCCUCAAAGUGCCUCAGAUAUUAAGAGAUGGCUCAAGGAAUUGGCAGCUCAAAACGACAUCCUCCGUUCUGGAUUCUGCAGUUUGACUGAUUCUGCCUACUCUCAUGCCCAAAUCAUCUGGAAAGAACUAUCGGAUGAACAGAUCGUGGAGAUAGACGAUUUCGAACGAUCCUUUGAGCUUUCGACACCCGGAUCCAUGCUUAGGCCUUUGAAAUUUCAAAUCCUCACCACGCCUACGGAAUCAAAAAUUCUCUGUCAAAUUUAUCAUCCAUUGUAUGAUGGCUGGUCCAUGGACUUGAUGAUAGACGAUCUCAACGACCUCAUCGCUGGCAACGAUCACAAAAAGAGACCACAAUUCCGUGAGGUAGCAACCUACCAUGCCAGUCUGACCAAGGACGACCUUGAGCCUUCACUUGGUUAUUGGCAGAAGCAGCUAGACAACUACGCCUACGCACCGCUUCCGAAUUUCAACGGAAAGGUUGUGUCUACGACCGGGUUGAGUUCAACAACUCGCAACUUUACCACGUCGGUGGAAAAGCUUAGAGACCGUGCGUCAGCGCUGAAGGUCAACGCACAGGUAUUCUUCCAAGCCGCGUUAGCGUACUUGACUAGCUUCUACCUCAACAACAGCGAUGUCACAUUCGGUACGGUCACUUCUGGGCGCACCAUACCUGUCGUUGGUAUCGAGGAAAUCAUUGGUCCUUGUAUUGCUACACUACCUCUGAGAGUUGACGUUUCUCAUGCACGCACUGUCAAGGAUAUCUUGCAAAAUAUCCAUGAACUCAACCGUGCAAUGCUCAGUCAUUGCGAGCUUCCCACCAGGGACAUUAAGAAGGCUUGCGGGAUUGCUCCUGGAAGCCCUCUCUUCGACAUUCUGUUUGUCUGGCAGGAAAGUUUGCAUAGUAACAAAGACUCCGGUGCUUUGAUACGCCAGGUCGAUGGCGCUGAUGAGCUCGAAUUCAAACUAACACUGGAGUUUGAACCUCGUUCGACAGGUCUCAUUGCCAAAGCAACUUACGAUCCCUCUGUUCUGCCUCAAGCUCAGAUCGACGCACUAUUAAGUCAAUUGGAGCAGCUCGGCGAAUACUUCCAAGAAAAACCAGAUGCAGAGCUGAUGACAUCUCUGACAUGUCUGGAUGACUCUGUCUUGUCAAUCGGAAACCUCCGUUACCAACAUGAGGAAACAACCAAGUCGCCCGCUCAGGUGGUUGGAAUCAUAGCGGAAACAAGGCCAGAUGCACCUGCUAUCGCUUUCAGCUCGGAGAUCUCCGAGUCUUCCAUCAAUACUCAAACUCUCACUUACUCUGAGCUGAAUGCCAAGGCUAACCAGCUGGCAAAUUUGCUGAAAGGUCACGGCACAAAGCCAGACGAACUAGUUUGCGUCUGUAUGGAAAAGUCCGUUGAUCUCUAUGUGUCCAUCCUUGCAAUCCUCAAGACGGGCGCAGGAUACGUUCCGAUAACCCCCGAGACACCGUUGGACAGGAUUCGCUUUAUCCUUGAAGAGGCAAAUGUUCGGACAUGCCUGACGCGGAGUGACUGCACUGCGGAUGUCGACUCACUAGGAAACCAAGUUGUGCUCAACGUGGACACACUCCAGUUGGAAGAGUACAGUGGUGAGAAUCUCGAUCUCACUUACAACGGUUCCCACGCAGCCUACGCAGUCUUCACAUCUGGUAGCACUGGCAGUCCAAAGGGAGUUGUAGUGACACAGGAAAAUCUUGUCAGCAACCUUGCAGUCCUUUCGAAGAUCUACCCGGUAUCAGAAGACUCGCGCCUCUUGCAGUCAUGCUCGCAGGCGUUUGACGUUUCUGUAUUUGAAAUUUUCUUUUCUUGGUACAGCGGCAUGUGCUUGUGUGCCGGCACAAAAGACGACCUCUUCCAGGACAUGGAGCUUGCUAUCCGACAGAUGGGCAUUACGCACCUAAGCUUUACUCCCACAGUGGCAGCCCUAGUAAAGCCUGAGAAUGUGCCAAACGUCAAAUUCCUCGUUACUGCAGGCGAAGCUGUCACAGAGCAAGUCAAGAGAAACUGGGCCGGCAAGGGUUUAUAUCAAGGAUAUGGUCCAUCUGAGACGACAAACAUCUGCACGGUCAAGCCCAAUGUUACCGAUGAGGAUCUGAUUAACAACAUUGGCACCCCUUUCACCAACACUUCGGCAUUUGUUAUGGACGAAUCACGAGAUGUUCUCAUUCCAAGGGGAGGUGUUGGUGAGCUCUGCUUUGGCGGUGACCAGGUUUUCCGCGGAUAUCUCAACAUGCCUGACCUGACAGCAAAGAAGGUCAUCGAUCACCCUACGUUUGGCCGCGUAUACAGAAGUGGCGACAUGGGUCGUCUCUGCCCAGAUGGAUCCAUCCUCUUUUCCGGCCGUUCCGAUGAUCAGGUCAAACUUCGCGGUCAGCGUAUCGAGCUUGGUGAGAUCAACAGUUGCAUCAUGGACACUCCAUCCGCCGCCGACUGUAUGACAAUGCUCAUGGGCAAGGAGGGGAAAGCACAACUGGUUUCCUUCUGGGUACCUGAAAGCAUUUCGUCGAAUGAUGUCCGAGCGUUACCGAUAGAGGGCGCCAUCUCUCAAAGAAUUGCUGAAAUCUUCGAGCACCUGGCUAGCAAGGUCCCUGCUUAUAUGCUGCCCAACGGCUUACUGCCAGUCACAGCCAUCCCUAUGACUGUACAAGGGAAGGCAGACAAGCGCAAACUUGUUGCCCUCUACGAACAGCAGUCAAAAGACUUCCUUGACUCGAUCUCUCGGAAAACGGAAGAAGCAGAAGAUAGCGGAGAUUGGACAUCGAUGGAGCGCAAAAUCGCAGCGGUGUUGUCCAAGGUUGUCAAGGUCCCCAUAAAGGAAAUAGGUCGCCAAUCCUCCUUCUUUGCUUACGGUCUCGACUCGAUCUCUGCUAUCUCCCUAUCGAAUGGCCUCAAAGCGAACGCCGUGCCCAAGGCUCCCGUCUCGGUUGUACUUCAAAACCCAAGUGUGGCGCGUUUGGCUCGGAUCUUGUCCCAGAAGACGUCCGCUAGCCAGGAACGCAGCCCUGCGGUUGACCUCACCAACAUCUUCAGUCAAGAAACAAGGGAACAGAUCAAAGUCAGCUUCGACCAUAACGCGGUGGAAGUAACCAAGAUCCUUCCGUGCAGUCCUUUGCAAGAGGCAAUGCUUUCAUCUGGAUCCACAGAGGCUGCAACGUACAUGAACAGGAUGCUGUUCAAAGUAAAGGGGGACAUCAUUCGGUUGCAAAAAUGCUGGAUGGAGAUGUCGAAGAGGCACGAAAUUCUACGGACAUGCUUUGUUCCCACCGAUGAUUCUCAAUUUGCAUUCGCUCAGGUUGUUCUUGAGAGCAGCGAGCCAAAAUGGGACGAAAUCGAAGCCAAUGAGGAUGAUAUUUACAAGCAAUCUCAACGUUAUGUUGAAGAUAUCAUCUCAACUAUGGCGGCGUCAGAAGAGCCUCCGCUCCGAUUUGCUACACUGUCUGCUAGCAGCUCCAAGUAUCUCCUCUUCUGUUGCCACCAUGCUCUGUACGAUGGAGCUGCAAUGGAACAGCUUAUGGCCGAGGUGGAGCAAAUGUAUGCUGAGCUCAGCCUGCCGCCAGUUGUCCCGUAUGAGCCUUUCCUGGAACAAAUCGUUCAAGUGCGGUCCAAGGAAACCGACGACUUCUGGGCAACCCGCCUCAAGGGCUUGGAACCCACUUCGUUCCCGGACCUGACCGGUUUGUCCUCUGCGAUGCGUAAGGAAGUCAAUGACCGCUCAAUCUUCAUUGAAGCCCUUCCUUUCUCUCUCAGUAGCCUGGAAUCGGAGUGCCGUCGGAUGUCUUGUUCGCUACUGGCACUGGGCCAAGCUGCCUGGGCAAAGAUUCUCUCCAUAUAUACGGGAGAGAGCGAUCUAUGCUUUGGCAAUGUUGUCAGUGGACGCACUCUACCUAUUGACGGGCUCGAAAGGCUAGUCGCUCCUUGCUUUAACACUUUGCCCGUCAGGGUCGAUCUAGCCUCGAAAAGCCAAAACGCGGAUAUCUUAACGAAUCUUCAAGCAUUCAAUGCGGACAUUUUGCCCUUCCAGUUAACUCCACUUCGACGCAUUCAAGCACAGUUCAGCAAAGAUGGAAGCCGUCUUUUUGAUACCCUUUUCAUUCUUCAGCAAUCUGCGUACAGUCUUAACGCGGAGGUCUGGUCACUGGAGGAAGACCUUGGCGAGAUGGAUUUCCCUCUUGUAUGCGAGCUCGUUCCGAACCGCAAAGAUGAUACCCUUUCUUUGAUGCUUCAUUUCCACGAGGCGUUUAUUCCCAAGAAGGACGUUGGCACCAUUUCUCAGACAUACGCGUCAGCUUUGCAGUCAUGCAUUCAAAACCCUUCCGCUCACUACCUGGACAUUGUCCCUGUUUCGGAUGACUUGCUCUCCAUAAGCAACCAGAAAUUCAACACACUCGAACCGCCUGCUGGGCCGUUCAUGCACUCUGCUUUUGAGCAAAACGCUGCAGAGCAACCAGAUGCUUUAGCUCUCGACUUCCAGCACUCCGAUGGUAGUCGCAGUCGAUGGACUUUCAAUGAGCUAAACCAAAUCUCCAACCAGAUCGCUCGAGCGCUUUUGGAUCACGGCGUUUCUUUCGAUGAUGCUGUGCCGAUCUGCAUUCCAAAGUCUCCGGACUUUUAUGCCUGCGUUCUCGGUGUUCUUAAGGCUGGUGCGGCUUUCACACCCAUUGACUCUAACUUGCCUGUCUCUCGCAAGCAGUUUAUGCUGCAGGAACUGGGUGCCAAGGUUGUCCUUUCGAACGAGACUGUUGACACAACCUGGGUUGGAGAAGUAACAAUUUUGUCCACCGGGAAAACGAGAGAUCUUUCCACAGAAAAGCCGACUGUCAGCGGUCUCAUGCCAGAGCACUUGGCAUAUAGACUCUACACAUCUGGAUCAACUGGUCUGCCUAAGGCUGUCAGUGUCGAACACCGCAACCCCAUUCAGACUGUCGAGGCAUCGAGAUCCAUCAUUCCUUGGAAGAAGGAUUCUCGCCUUCUUCAGUUCGCUGCGACAACUUUCGAUAUGUGUUACUACGACUGCUUCCUGGCUUGGUCUUUUGGCUUCACUCUUUGUGCUGCCGAGCAAUCCGCAAUGUUGAACGACAUUGCUGGCACGAUAACUUCCAUGGAGACUACACUGGCCGACCUGACGCCUUCAGUGGCUCUGAGCCUUUCCCAGUCUGAUGUUCCAACCCUUGAAUAUCUGUACUGUAUUGGAGAGGCGAUGCCCCAGGAACUCGUGGCGCGGUGGGCCGGAAAGCUUGUCAAUUCGUAUGGCCCGACGGAGGCUGCUUUCUGCGUAACCAUCUUCCCUGUGUCAAACGAGGUGAAGUCGGCCGUGAUUGGUAAACCUUUCCCCACUACGAGCUUUGUGGUAAAGUCUCGCGAUGGCUCCACUACCAUGCCCGUCUUCGGUGCCGGUGAACUUUACAUCAGUGGAUCGCAGGUGGCUCGCGGUUACCACGCGAACGAGGAGAUGACGAAUUCGAGGUUUAUCAUGCACGACGGUCAGCGCCUCUACAAGUCUGGCGACGUUGUACGCAUGCUCGGCAAUGGCACCUUUGAGUUCGUGGGACGUGCGGAUGAUCAAGUCAAGAUUCGCGGUCUGCGUGUUGAGCUGGGUGAGAUCAGCCAAGUCUUGCGCGAUGCACAUGAAGCCAUCUCCAGCGUUAGCACUCAAGUCCUUCGCGCAUCGGAAGAGUCCAAGGAACAAAUUGUGGCCUUCCUGGCUGUUGCAGACUUGUCCACCAUUGACCGGGAAGCAGUCAAGUCUCAGGCUCGCAAGCGUGCCACAGAGAAGCUCCCUGUUUACAUGGUGCCGAAUUUCUAUAUCUUCCUUGAUCGCAUCCCGCUAUCUGCUGCUGGAAAGGUCGACAAGAGGUCUUUGAAGGCAAUCUUCCAAGACUCCGAGGAAGCAAACCAAGAAGGAGCUCAGCAGACGGACGACGGUCACGAAUGGACUGUUACUGAGUCUGAAAUACGGUCCGUCUUGGCUCACAUGUCUCGCUCCACUCCAGAGUCUAUAGGCUUGCACACUACAAUCUAUCAACUUGGCCUCGACAGCAUUAGUGCUGUACAAGUGGCUGCGAGCCUGAGGAAGAAGGGUUUCAAGAUUUCGGCAGCGGAUGUGUUGGAGCGUCCCACUUGCGCUGAGCUUGCUAUUCUCUUGCAAAAGGCUGAUGGCGAGACCAAAUUGGCUCCCACUUUUGACUUUGCUGCCUUCGAUGCGCAAUACCGCGACAUUAUUACCCGCGACCUGGAUGUGGACGCUGCAAGCAUUGCCUCAGUGAAGCCAUGCACACCCCUCCAGAGCGGUAUGAUCUCGCAGUUCCUGCACUCUGAGGGACACAUGUACUUCAACUACAUGCAGUACAAGUUCGAUGGUGUCGAUAUAGCCAAGCUGGAGCAAGCUUGGCAGUUGCUUUUCGAUAAGCAUGAAAUUCUGCGGUCUGGAUUUGCCCAUGUCAAUAACCCGCAGUACCCCUUCAGCAUGGUCAUCUACAAUGCCUCGGCCAGCAAGCUUCCUCUUUCCAAACUCAGGGACGCUGAAGCUUCCACUGACAAAAUCAAGCAAUGGCGUGAAGAAUCGAAACGCGAGGUCCUCGAAAACUUGCAACAGAGUGCAUGGCGACUGUUGCUUGUCGACGCUGCCGACGGUGUUCGGGUACACCUUUCAAUCUUGCAUUCCCUUUAUGAUGCGCAGAGCCUCCGCAUUUUCCUCGAUGAUGUUUCUGUCAUCUGCACCCAGGGCAAGGAGCCGCAGCCGCCAUCUCUCGACCCUAUCCUUGGCACUAUCCUCAGUUCCAGCGGAGAAGAUGAAAAGCACCAAAAGUUCUGGGAAGAAAAGAGCAAGGAUAUGCAUAUCAACGCUUUCCCGAACAUGACCCCGCUUCGUGUCAAGAACGGCAAGACGCAGGUAGUUUCGAAAACCUGCUCUGGACAACAGAGCAAGCUCGAGUCCGGCUGCCGGGAAGCUGGUAUCACCAUGCAAGCCGCUGGUCAAGCCGCUUGGGCACGGUUGUUGUCCGCUUACACUGGCGAGGAUGCUGCCACUUUUGGUGUCGUUCUUUCUGGGCGGACGCAGGAGGGUGCUGAAUCGGUUGCUUUGCCUUGCAUCACAACUGUUCCACUCCCUGCGCGCAACAAUCCCAGUAACCGUGCUCUCCUUGACGGCAUGAUGGCAUUCAACUCUUCUGUGCGCAAGCACCAGUUCACGCCUCUGACAAAAAUCCAGCGCUGGUCUGGACACCCCGACGAAGCGCUCUUUGAUAGCAUUUUCGCCUAUCAAAAGCUCUCCAGUGAAGACCAAGCUCAAAGAACUUGGACCCUAGUAGACGAUGAAGCAACUGUCGAUGUUGCUGUCUCUAUUGAACUGGAACCUAUCAACACAAGCGAACUCGAGCUCAGGAUUACAUACAACACCGACCGAGUACCCGAAGAGCAGGCUGUAACGAUUCUGGACCAGCUAGAUCGCAUGCUGGUCGAUCUUGUUCUUCACCCGGAUUCUCAACUGGAUGAUGCCUUCUCCGGAAACCCUGAGCUCCUCUCAAUCACCCCACCCAAGGAACGAGAAAUCAAAACUGAUGUAUAUCUGUUGCAUGAGUUUGUUGAGAGAAGCGCACGCCAGAAUCCGAAGAAGAUCGCGUUUGAAUUCGCAACCAACAUCGAGAACGGUCAAGUCACCAGCAGGUGCUGGACCUACGAGCAGUUGGAUGCUGAAGGGAACAAGAUCGCGAAUCUCCUAAUCGGCCACGGUGUCCAGCCCGGUGGCCUCAUUGCCGUUUGCUUUGACAAAUGCCCUGAAGCCUCUUUCGGAAUGCUGGGUAUCCUCAAGGCUGGAUGUGCAUUCGUCGCUUUAGACCCAGGUGCUCCAGUGGCGAGAAAGGCGUUCAUCACAGAAGACUCCAAGGCCGCCAUGGUGCUCUCGAUGACACACCAGUCAAGCCAAUUUGCGGACCAGCUCAAGGUGCCACUUGUCAACCUCGAUGAAGUCAACUACGAUGAGCUUUCCACGUCAACGCCAGAACUCUCAAGAGCGGUUACGCCACAAGACCUCAGCUACUGCCUGUACACGUCGGGUACCACUGGUACUCCGAAGGGCUGCGAGCUGACCCACGAGAAUGCUGUUCAGGCGAUGCUGGCUUUCUCGAGGCUCUUCUAUCCUCGUUGGGAUGAGAACUCCAGAUGGUUGCAGUUUGCUUCUUUCCACUUUGAUGUCUCCGUGCUUGAGCAGUAUUGGACAUGGGCGGAAGGUAUCCGCUUGGUCUCUGCGCCUAGGGAUUUGAUCUUCGAGGAUCUCGCUGCCGCUAUUUCUGCACUUGAGAUCACUCAUAUCGACCUUACUCCCAGUCUUGCCAGAAUCCUUUCGCCUGAAGAUGUUCCCAGUCUCACUAAGGGUGUCUUUAUCACUGGUGGUGAAGCUCUCAAGCAAGAAAUCCUCGAUGCAUGGGGACACCACGAGGUCAUUCAUAACGGAUACGGACCGACUGAAGCGACCAUCGGUGUCACCAUGUUCCCCAGAGUCCCUGAGAAUGGCAAGCCAUCCAAUAUUGGUCCUCAGUUCGACAACGUCGGAUCCUUUGUCUUCCGACCCAAGACCAAUAUUCCGGUGCUUCGCGGCGCUGUUGGAGAACUCUGUGUCUCCGGGAAGCUCGUGGGUAAAGGCUAUCUCAACCGGCCUGAGCUUACAGACGAAAAGUUCCCAUACCUGGAACAGUUCGAUGAGAGGAUCUACCGUACCGGUGAUCUCGUCCGAAUUCUCCAUGACGGCUCGUUUGACUUCCUUGGUCGCGCAGAUGACCAAGUCAAGCUCCGUGGCCAGCGUUUGGAGAUUGGCGAAAUCAACAGUGUCAUCAAUCAGUCCGAAGCUCAGGUCAUGGACGUCGCGACACUUGUCCUGAAGCAUCCCAAGCAACAGAAGGACCAGCUUAUCAGCUUUGUCGUCACCAAGACAACCAUGAAAAAGAAGCAGAAGCCGACUGUCGUCUAUGAUGGAAAAGAAGCAAUGCAGAUGGUCCAAGAAGCCUGCCGGUCUAAACUGCCCGUAUACAUGGUGCCGACUCAUUUCAUCCCGCUUAGCAGCAUGCCACUGUCGCCAAACAACAAAGCGGACGCCAAGCAAUUGAAGGAAUUUUACUCAAACCUCAGUCCUGAAGAAUUGGCAGAUCUUUCCGUAUCAUCUGAAGAAGGGGGAGCCGCUUCAUCUGAAGACGAAAAGAGGGUUGUAGAGGUGCUGGCAACAAUGGCUUCUGUGGACAGUGAAAACAUUUCUAGGACCUCGAGCAUCUUCGAACUUGGUCUGGAUUCAAUUUCUGUCAUUGGCUUCGCCAACGCGCUUAGAAAGUCUGGAUUCAAGAACGCCCAACCUUCCAUCAUCAUGAAGAACCCUGUCAUUAGCAGGCUUGCAAAGGCUCUUUCUUCGAAGACUGCGACCUCUUCCGCUGAAAAGAGCUCAAUUGUUGCUGCAAAGCAAACCAUUUCCGCCACUCUGCACCAGUACAAAGCAAGCGCGGCCCACUCUUUGGGCGUACAGCGGGAGGAUAUCGAAAGCAUCGCCCCUUGUUCUUCUCUCCAGCAGGGUAUCAUCUCCAGGUCCUUGGAGAGCGAGAAGCCUGUCUACUUUGCGACAUUCAAAUUCGAGCUUUCCCCAGAUCUCGACCUCGCUAGGCUACAGAAUGCCUGGGAGAAGGUUUACGAGGCGGUUCAAAUCCUUCGUGCUCGCUUCGUACCGACGGAUGACGGAUAUGUGCAAGUGGUGCUGCGUGGCCAGCAUUUGCCAUGGGGGGUAACCUCUGUCAAUGACCAGGAGGAAAUCCAGACUUACCUCGAAACUCGCAAGCACAAAUGGUGGCUCCAGAACAGAGACCAGUUGAGAAGGCCUUUUGAGAUCAUCACCGCGAUUGCACCCGGAAAGGCAAUCCUGAGCGUGCACUUGAUGCAUGUGCUCUACGAUGGUGCUAGUCUCCCGAUGCUCCUCCAAAAGGUUCGCCAAGAGUACGAUAGGGAUUCGAACAUCCAUUACGGCCCCGACUUCCUCGAUGUCCUGCCCUACGGCCCUCUUCGUGUCAGCCCGGAGGCACAAUCCUUCUGGACCAAUCACCUCUCGUUUGCUGAGAGUUCGCUGAUGCCAAAUCUGAUCACCGAACCGCAGCAGAGCGAUGUCACCGUCAAUGUCCAUUUGGAGGACUUGCAAGCAUUUGAAAGCAUCAGGAGGAAGCUCGAAGUGACGCACCAAGCCCUUGUCCAAGCCUCUUGGGCCGCUGUCCUUCAGAAACACUUCGCCGGAGCAGUAACUCUCGGCAUGGUUGUCUCAGGCAGAUCCAUCGAUUUUGAGGGCGCCGACCUCACAAUCGGCCCCAUGUUCAACACCAUUCCCUUCCAUCUCAGGUUCGAGCAGAAUGAGAGAUGGGUCCAAACCGUGCGCAGAUGCCAUGACUUCAAUACCUCGGCUAUGCCCUACCAGCAUACUCCGCUGCGCGACAUCAUGAAAUGGUGCAAGCGAGCGCCCAGCCAGCCACUUUUCGAUACUUUGUUUGUCUUCCAAAAGGAGCUAGCGGGCAGGGAUCCUGGCGAUGGGAUUUGGCAACUUCUAGAGGAUCAACCUGAAGCCGACUACCCACUUGCGCUGGAAGCCGAACACAAGCAAGACGGCUCUAUCGGGCUCACCCUCGUAGCCCAGGGUCAUAUUGCCGACCACAAGGCCGCGGAGGAGCUGUUGACCGAUUUGAAGCAGGCGCUUUUGAACUUGCUUGCGGAUCAUGAAGCACUUGUUUCGGCCACUGUGGGCGAGAUCCAGUCUUCAGGAGCGCGAAAGGACUCCGCCCAGGUGAACGGACACAGCAAUGGUUACAUGAACGGCGUGAAGGGCUUCGAGUGGACUCCGGCUGCGCGGCGUCUACAAGAGGAAAUUGCUACUCUGGCUGGCGUUGAACCUACGGAAGUGGAUGAACACACGACAAUUUUCGAGUUUGGUCUGGACAGCAUCGAUGCCAUCAAGCUGUCUUCUAGGCUCAAGAAAGCAGGAAUCGACCUUCCGGUCAGCCAGAUCAUGCGCACCUUGACCAUUCCGAAGAUGGUCAAGGAGGUCACGGAGAAGGAGUCCGAUAGCACGAUCGCUUCACGUGCGAUCUCUCUGGAGGACCAGCAAAACAAGUUGAUGGAAUACUUCCGCAAGUCUGGAGAGAUUGAUAUGGAGAAGAUUGAGUGUGCCUUGCCUGUCACCCCUCUGCAAGAGGCCAUGGUGGCUGAGAUGCUCUCUUCCGGCUUCAACAACUAUUUCAACCACGACGUCUUGAAACUCGGAUCGCAAGUCGAUGUAGACAAGAUGAAGGCCGCAUGGCAGAAUGUUUUCCGCAGCUCUGCCAUCCUUCGUACGAGUUUUGCGCAGGUCGACGACCCGAACCUGGAUAUGUCGUUUGCGCAGGUUGUCAACAAAGCCAACGAUUUGACAAUUAGAGAGCUCAGUGUCUCUUCGGAAAAGGACAUCAAUGCCAUAUUGGAUGAGAUUCGGGAUAGCACUGCCAAACAGGCUGGUAGCGAAGGUCUCUUCCAGCUGACUCUUAUCCGCUCAUCGACCGAUACUUACCUGGUUCUUUCCAUCGCGCACGCCUUGUACGACGGCUGGUCUCUGGGUUUGAUCCACCACGACGUCAAGGCAUAUUAUGAUGGUCAAGACAAGACCUGCCCCUCAUACAAUGGCAUUCUCGAGGACAUCCUCAACGCCUCUGGCGACGAGGCAGCCGCCUUCUGGAAAGAUUUCCUUGGUGGUGCGCCGAGUAGUCUCCUCGCUCCAGACAAUGCUCAAACCCAGAGUUCCGGCAUUGAAGUCCAUCGCAAGGAGCACACGGGGUCGCUCAGCCUCGAAAGCCUCCGCGCGUUCUGCAAGAACCAAGGCAUCACGCUGCAGGCUCUUGGACAGACAUGCUGGUCUUUUGUGCUUGCUUCUUAUGUCGGCAAACUGGAUCUUGUCUUUGGCGUUGUCCUUUCUGGUCGCGAUAACCAGAACGCUGAAGACGUCAUGUUCCCCACUAUGAACACGGUGGCAGUCCGCUCGAUCAUUCACGGCUCGAAGAAGGACAUGCUCCGGUACAUGCAAGAGAACAUGAGCACCAUGAGGCAGUUCCAGCAUUUCCCGCUCCGGAAGGCAAAGGCGAUGGCUGAGACAAGAGGCAAGUCGUUGUUUGACUCGCUGUUCAUCUUCCAGACCCAACCAGCGGAAAACAGUGGUGACUCUGACGCGCUUUACGAGUCUGUUGGAGGCUCCUCGGACGUCGAGUACCCGGUAGCUGUUGAGAUGGAAGCCGUUGGCGAUGCUCUCAUCUGGCGUACAGCAUGCAAAGCGAGCGUCUUUGACCAGAACGGCACGGAAGAGCUCCUUCAGCGUGCCGACGCGGUCUUGAAGAGCAUAAUCGAACACCCAGAAGACGCUGCUGUAGCCUACGGUGAAGAUGGCGCUUCCGUCUGCGGGAUGCCCGCUUUCAAGGACGUUUCCGAGAAGACGGACGGAAUUGCUUCAGACACUGAGAACGUUAAUAGCACGGCCGUCGCCCCGAAGGAGUGGACGCCUCUCGAGACUACCAUCCGCGAGGUGCUCUCCGCCGUCUCCAAGAUCCCCGAGACAGAGAUCACGCGUGAAGUCACCAUGUUCCACAUGGGGCUCGAUUCGAUCAGCGCGAUCAAGGUCUCGUCGCUCCUGCGCAAGAAGGGCAUCAAGCUCAGCGUCAGCGCCAUGCUGCGCGCAGCGACAGUGGAGAAGAUGGCGCAAGCAGCCAGCAGCCAGCAGAGCAACGGCGACAACGACGACGCCGCCGCCCCCGCGCUCCAAGCAGACGAAGUCCUGGCCUCGUGGCUGAGCGACAUCGACAUCGAAGCCUUAGCCGCAACCGCAGCCAUCCCGCCCGCCAACAUCGAGCGCUGCCUCCCCGCCAGCGCCGGCCAAGUCUUCAUGCUCUCGACCUGGCAGAACACGCACGGCGCGCUGCUCUACCCGGGCUUCGAGUACGAGCUGGGCGCGCCGGUCGAGGAAGCCCGUCUGCGCGCCGCGUGGAACAGCCUUGUAGCCGACCAUCCUAUCCUCAGGACGUGCUUCCUCGCGACGGGCCGCGCCGACAAGCCCUUCGUGCAGGCCGUGCUGAAGGCUCCGAGGGAGUCGUUCCACGUCGUCGACGACGCGUCUGCUGCCGCUAAAACCGCGCCCCCGCGCCAGCCCUUUGCCGCGCUCUUUGCGCAGCGCUUGCGCGCGCCGGCGAAGCAAGCGAAUGCAGCAGUGACGGCAACGGCGGCCGCGGCCGUGGCUGCUAUGGCGCCCCCUAUGCGCCCGCAGGCCUCGUCCACGAAGUCCAGCUCGGGGAAGCAGGCGUCGUCGAAGGCGCCCUGGCGCCGCCUGAAGAAAUGGAUCUCCAGGCGCGUCAACAGCUCUGACGAGCCCUCUAGCGGGAGCAGCAGCACCAACAAGGCUGCUGCUGCGACUGCUGCGCCCGCACCCGCUGCUCCUGCCACCACCGAGCAGAAGCAGGUCACGACGGGCUGGAUCCUGACGCUAAAGCUGCACCACGCGCUCUACGACGGCGUGAGCCUGCCCUUCCUGGUGCAGCAGCUCGAAAGGCGCCUCAACAACCCCAGCACCCCCACCUCCACAACAACACAACCACACCACGCCUACGCCACCUUCCUCGCGCACACAAUCGCCCCACCCCCAACCCUCAUCCAGCGCACCCAUUUCUGGCACUCCUACCUCGCAAACACAAGCCCUGCGCGCCUGCCCCGCCCAACAACCGUCACGCCCGCAGCCGGCCGCACCAGCGUCUUCAGGCCCGCGGUGAGCGAUGUGCUCGAGCGCCGUGCGCGCGUGUUGGGCGUCUCGGCGCAGGCGCUGUUUGUGGCGGCGUAUGCGCGGGUUUAUGCGGGGCUGGUUGGCGCUGCUACUGGCAGUGAGGACAAAGACAGGGACGUGGUGAUAGGCCUGUGGCUCGCGAACCGCGCAAACUCAAGCGCAAACGACGACGCGGCCUCGACAAGGGCAGUGCCGACAGUGAACCUGCUGCCCCUCCGCGUCGGCGUCACGGCUCCGCUGUCCCUGCGCGAGGCCGCGGCAAGGGUGCAGCGCGAUCUGGUGGCUGUGGGGGAGGGGGCGAAUGCUGGGGUGGGGGUGUGGGAGCUGGAGAAUGGGAAGGGAGGGGAGGUGGAUACGUGGGUGAAUUUCUUGAGGUUGCCUGAGGGGGAGAGCGAAGAUGGAGGGGAUGCGGGUGGUGAAGGUGGGGUAAGGUUGCGGGAGAGGGGCAGGGACAGGGGAGAAGAUAAGGUUGAUGCUGAUGCUGGUGCUGGUGGUGUGAAGGGGUGGAAGCGGGUCGAUGUCCCUGAUCAGGGUGCCGUGACGACGGUGCAGGAGCUGCAGGCGAAUGCGGUGCGCGGCGCUUAUUUGCAUUCCCUAGACAUAGAAGCGACGGUGCGCGGCGGCAGGCUGGACAUGGGCGUGUUUGCGAGCGAGGGCUUGAUGGGGGUGGAGGCGGCCGAGGGGGUUGUUGCGGAUGUGGUGAGGGUUUUGGAGGAGGGGGAGGAGUAGUUGUGUUUUGUGCUCUUUCUUGGGUUGUUUGGUGCUGUUUGUUUUUUGUCUUUUACCCUUUGUUUAGUGUAAUAUCGCGUUUUCUGCUGCUGCUGUUGUUGUUGUUGUUGUCGUUGUUCGGUUCGUGCGUUGUGCAGCACAGCGAGAGGAUAUUAUCUGUCUAUCUGUCUAUCUGUCUGUCUGUCUGUCUGACCAUGAUAGACCGUUUCCCUUACGCAUUACAGCACACCUCCCUCCUUCCACGCCAGCACGUCUACGCACCCAUUCAGUUAUAUAUGGUAGUGGUGUGGUGCAAGGUGGUGCGCGAUUAACUAAAGUAGACAACGCAGUCAGUUAAUAAACACAUACAGGGC